CGGAAGUCAGCUUUCUCCACCGGCUAUAUGAGGCUGCUUGACCCGCUUCUCAUCCGCCGAGGCUUGCGCACCAAUUCGGACACGACUCGUCGCGGCGGCGGUUGGGACCUGGACUCGCGCAGUCUUGCAGAUGGGUCAGGGGCUGUGGAGAGUGGCCAGGAACCAGCAACUGCAACAUCAGGGAUAUACAGGGCAAGGUUAUCUUUCAAGAGAACAUGGUAGAAGAAUAGCUGCUAACAAUGUUGCAAAUGCAAACCAUCGGAAACAUGCCCAAGGAGGCAUUGACAUUUACCAUCUGUUAAAAGCUCGGAAAUCAAAGGAACAAGAAGGGUUCAUCAACCUGGAAAUGCUGCCGCCUGAGCUUAGCUUUACCAUUUUGUCAUACCUGAAUGCAACAGACCUCUGCCUGGCUUCAUGUGUGUGGCAGGAUCUUGCUAAUGACGAGCUUCUAUGGCAAGGAUUGUGCAAAUCCACUUGGGGUCACUGUUCCAUAUACAAUAAGAAUCCAUCUCUAGGAUUUUCUUUCAGAAAACUCUAUAUGCAGUUGGAUGAGGGAAGCCUCACCUUUAAUGCCAAUCCUGAAGAGGGAGUCAACUACUUCAUGUCCAAGGGAAUACUGGAUGAUUCACCAAAGGAAAUAGCUAAGUUUAUCUUCUGUACGAGAACCUUAAAUUGGAAGAAACUGAGAAUCUAUCUUGAUGAAAGGCGAGAUGUUCUAGAUGACCUUGUGACACUACAUAACUUCAGAAAUCAGUUCCUGCCAAAUGCACUAAGAGAAUUUUUCAAACACAUUCAUGCCCCUGAAGAGCGUGGGGAAUAUCUCGAGACUCUUAUUACAAAGUUCUCACACAGAUUCUGCACUUGUAACCCUGAUUUGAUGAGAGAGCUUGGUCUUAGCCCAGAUGCUGUGUACGUACUGUGCUACUCUUUGAUCCUGCUUUCCAUUGAUCUCACUAGCCCUCAUGUGAAGAAUAAAAUGUCAAAGAGAGAAUUUAUCCGAAACACACGCCGUGCAGCUCAGAACAUUAGUGAAGAUUUUGUUGGGCACCUUUAUGACAAUAUCUACCUUAUAGGCCACGUAGCUGCCUAAAAAGCAC